AUGCCAGAAUUUAACAAAAGCAGCCCCCUCGAAUUUCUGGGACUUUCUGGGACGAGUUUCUCUGGUGAGUUACCGGGAUCAAUUGGUAACCUUAAGUCCUUAGAUUAUUUUGGUGUUGUAGGAUGCAAUUUCACUGGGCCAAUACCGUCUUCACUUGGUAACCUUACCCAACUAACCUCGCUACAACUAGCAGAGAAUAGGUUGCAUGGUGAGUUUCCCCCUGGAAUUUUUCAUCUACCCAAUCUUCGGUCUCUUGAUGUGGGAUUAAACAAAGAUCUCACUGGAAGGAUGCCAGAUUUGAAUAGAAGCAGCCCCCUUAAAUUUUUGGAACUUUCUAACACGAUUUUUUCUGGUGAGUUACCCGGAUCAAUUGGUAACCUUAAGUCCUUAAAUUAUUUUAGUGCUAUAGAAUGCAAUUUCUCUGGGCCAAUACCGUCUUCACUUGGUAACCUUACCCAACUAAUCAUGCUAGAAUUAGGAGAUAAUGGGUUGCAUGGUUCAAUUCCACGGUCGAUAUCUAGGCUUGUGAAUCUUGAAAAUCUGAGUCUAUUUUCUAAUCUCUUAAGUGGCACAGUGGAAUUUGACUUGUUUCUGAAACUCAAAAACCUCUCUUGGCUCCAACUAUCUGGCAACAAGAUUUCAUUGCUUACAAAGCCAAGUACCAACACAACUCUCCCAAAAUUCAAAAUUUUAACUCUAGCUUCCUGUGACUUGAAUGAGUUUCCAGAUUUUCUAAGGAACCAAGAUGAGUUGGAGGUUUUGGUUCUUUCUGACAACAAAAUUCACGGCCAAAUUCCAAAAUGGAUGUGGAAUUUAAGUAUAGAAACUCUCUGGUAUUUAGAGCUAGGUUUCAACUCUCUAACUGGUUUCAAUCAACUUCCGGUUUUUCUUCCCUGGACUAAUCUACAUGUUUUGAGGCUUGAUUCUAACAAGCUUCGAGGGUCGCUCCCAAUCCCACCACCUUCUAUCAUUUGGUAUUCAGUUUCAAACAACACAUUGACCGGAGAAAUCCCACAAUUGAUUUGCAAUCUAAGUUCAGCUUUUACUCUUGAUUUGUCAAGCAAUUACUUGAGUGGCUUGCUUCCUAAAUGUUUAGGCAACAUGAGUGAAUCUCUCUCAAUUCUAAAUCUACACAACAAUAGCUUUCAUGGAACUAUUCCCGACACAUUCUCAGAAGGAAACAAAUUGAAGAUGAUUGAUUUUAGCCAAAAUCAAUUACAGGGGCGUCUACCAAGAUCAUUGGCCCAUUGUACCAUGCUUGAAGCUCUUAAUCUAGGACAUAAUCAGGUGAAUGAUACUUUCCCUUUUUGGUUGGGCACUCUUCCAGAGUUGAGGGUUCUUAUUUUACGAUCUAAUGGAAUUUAUGGUGCAAUGGGAAAUUGUAAUAGCAAUUUUGAUUUCCCAAACAUGCGCAUCAUUGACCUUUCCUAUAAUGACAUUACUGGUAAGUUGCCCUCUCAAUGCUUCCAAAAUUGGAAAGCCAUGCAAAUCCUUGAUGUUAAGAUUUUAAUGUAUAUGCAAGCAAAUGGAAGUUUCAAAGAACCGGGAAACACAUGGCGAGUCUCCUUCCCUUACUCAAUGACAUUUACUGACAAAGGCACAGAGAGGGUAUAUGAAAAAAUCGUAGAUUUUUUCAUAGCAAUUGAUCUCUCAAGUAACAGAUUCGAAGGAGACAUUCCAGAAGUUGUGGGACAUCUAAAAGGACUUCAGUUGCUCAACCUUUCCAACAACUUUCUCACAGGUCCCAUCCCUUCUUCCUUGGUGAACUUAACAAAGAUAGAAGCAUUGGACUUUGCUCAAAACAACUUGUCUGGUGUGAUUCCUCUGCAACUCAUGCAACUCACUUUCCUUGCAUUCUUUAAUGUCUCUCAUAAUCAUCUCACAGGACCUAUACCACAGGGGAAUCAGUUUAACACAUUUCCAAACAGUUCAUUUAGUGAUAAUCCCGAAUUAUGUGGAAACCCUUUGUCAAAAAAAUGUGGAAACUCAAAAGACUCACCGCCUCUACCUUCAACCUUUGAGGAGAAUCAAAAAUCAUCAUCUUCAUUUGAGUUCACUUGGAAAGUAGUUGUGAUGGGAUAUGGUUGUGGAUUCAUAGUUGGACUUCUUGUUGGGCAAAUUGUGAUCACAAAGAAGCAUGAUUGGGUUAUGAAGACUUUUGCAAUCGGGCAGCCAACACGAAGAAUGGUGAAUUGGAGAGGAAAGAGAAAUUAA